AUGUUAACUAUAUUCAUACUAUUCAUUAAUUCAUGUUUAUCAAGUACUAUAAUGAUACUGUAUAAGCCAGAAUUAAUACCGCAUAAUCAUAACAAACAACAAGAAAAUCAACAACGACCAAUACAUGGUCAUCCUAAUAAUAACAACUUUAAUAGUUCCAGUGCCUCAUUUAUAUUCAUAUCAUUUAUCAUUUGUUUAACUUUACUGUUGCUUAUAUUAAUCUGUGGGUUAAUAUUUUAUUUCAUUAAAAGGUCAACAAAAUUAUCUGAAGAUGAAAUAGAUAGAGAUGAAGAAAAUCAAGCUUAUUUACAAUUGAAUAGUGAUGAACAAGAAUUAUAUUUCCAAUCAAAAGAAUUUUUAAAAGCUCAUCCAUUUUUAACGGGAGAUUUAACAUUAUCACAAAAUUUAUCAAUUCAAGAAAAAGGUAUAUCAGCAUUUGAAUUUCAAAAACAUCCAAUGUUAACAAAUAAUGAUUUAAUAAUAGUGAAUAAAACAGAAUUAAACUUUUUCAAAAAUUUUGAAUGUUCAACUCAGACCAAUUUACCAAUCCCAUUAAAAAAUGAAGUUUAUUGUUUUGAAGCUAAAAUUUAUUCAUUACCUAACCCAGAAGAGACUUUAAUUUCUAUUGGACUCGGUAUUAAACCAUAUCCAUGGUUUAGACUCCCCGGCAGACAUCAAUACAGUAUUUCAUACGAUUCAGAUGGUUAUAGAAGGAAAAAUCAACCAUUUAAUGAAUUAAAUAAAGAUUAUACACCCCCAUUUCCAUCAUUUGUAGAAGGUGACGUUAUUGGAGUAGGUUAUAGAUGUAGAUCAGGUACUGUUUUCUUUACUAGAAAUGGUAAAAAAAUAAGUGAAUCUAAGAUUGGAGGACAUUUUAAAAAUUUUAAACCUGGUCAAUUAUUUCCAACUAUUGGAGCUAAUAAUAUUUGUUCAAUUCAUGUUAAUUUAGGUCAACGUGGAUUUGUUUUCAUUGAAGGUAAUGUUAAAAACUGGGGAUUUGCUCCCAUUGAAGGUAAUGGACCAUCUCCACCAGAAUAUAAAAAAUUUAAUACUGAUAUUUUAUUAGAAAGAAGUGAAAUUGAUGAAGAUGAUUUAAGUGAUAGAGAAAAUGAUUUCCCACCAAAUUUUUGGUCAAAUGGGUCAAUUAUAACAAAUGAAGAUGAAGAAAGGAUAACUUUGAAUAGUUUACCACCUCAACCACCAUCAUAUGAAGGAGAAGGAGAAGGAGAAGGAGAAGGAGAACAAAUAGAUGAAGAAGAAGAACAAGGCAAUGAGAAUGAGACUGAUAAUGAGGAACAUGAUCAAGUGGAAGAUGAUGAACAUGAAGAGAAUCAUAGGUUAUAA